CGCAGCUCAGUUUACAUUUCUUUCUUUCUCUCUUAUUCAAUCAUGUUUUCCAAUACUAUCUACCGGUUCAUUCGGACUGGUAUGGUACAUCCAUAUGCAGCCUAUAUGACAUACAAAGCUUACAAGUAUAAGGACUGGCCUAAACUGGAGUUCUGGCUCUUGUACUGGAUGGUCAUGGCUGCUUACAUGGCUGUUGAGCUAUUGGCCGAUAUCCUCAUCUCAUGGCUACCAUUCUAUUGCACAGCGAAACUCGGUGUAUUGAUAUGGCUCACCACAUUCCGAGCAAAGGGAUCAACGCUUGUUUUUCGUGAAAUCAUUCUUCCUCAACUGACUGCCAAUGAAUCAAAAAUAGAUGAGACUUUAGCAGUGUUAGGAUCACACGCCAAGAACAAACUAUAUCGUUUUGGUAGCAGCGCCGUAUUAUUAGCAGAAGGCUUUAUGGGUAUUGCAUUGGUGAGAGGCUACAGUAUGAUGCAAACAUAUCUGGCGCAGAGGGGCAACCCAUAUCAGCACAAUAGCGCAGCAGCUUCUCCCGCCGACCAGAAUUACAACUCUAGAUCGCUAACACCUAUUCAAGAACCUGCUGUGCAAGGCUCAGCUACACAGCUGCAAUCACAGAAACCUGAAUUUCCAGAUUCUAGGAGAUAUUUAUCUCCAGAAUUCCAAAUGCCAGCGUCUCAGCUACCGUCUCCGCCGUAUACACCCAGCCCUAACCAAUACGCGCAGGAGAGAUACUUUGAGUCGCAGAGACCGCUAUUUGCUCCGCCCGUCGAGUCACCACCUAGAGACUACGGUUCAGACAGUACAGACAUGACGCAAGACGAUUUUCGUAAAAUGCAAGCAUAUCAGAGAGUGCGAAAAACAUCUGAUGCCUGGAGUGAGAGGCAACGCCUAAAAGCUGCUCAUCUUGUGCCUCCUCGACCUUAUUCUGCUGCGCCCACGCCUCGAGGAUGAACGCAAGGCGGCAUCUACUAGUACUUCGGCUAUUUUUUUUUAUUUACUUCUUGUCAAACCCAGCCAAAAAAAUAUGCCGAGUGGUAACGAAACGUAAAAGAUAGAACUGUAAAUCUCCGAGUAGAUCAAAUCAAACUUGAUGUAAAGCUCGAUGUAAAUAUCACUUGUAAUCAAUGGAUUAGUUUAUUUCAUUUCAGAUGUCACAUAUCCUUAAAGACUAAAAAACAAAUUGUCCCGCUUUCUGAAUUAUGAAAGAUCCAGCUUUCUA